CUUCCUUUUUGGUGUUUGGUGUCGGAUAGCUUCCUGCUCAGAACCCACAGAAGCCUACUCCUCAUCCCAGACAGCUGCAGUGUCCUCUCUCCACAGACCCAUACCCAGGCUCCGCACUUCCCCUCUUGAAGCUGGCUGGCAUCUGACCCACCAUGACACCCACAGAACGAACAAGCCUCAUUCCUGGUAUGUUGGACGACUACAGCUACAUUUCCACAGAAGACUACAUGAAUUUCACCUCCAAUACCUUUUUCUGUAAGAAAAACAAUGUCAGGCAGUUUGCGAGCUAUUUCCUCCCACCUUUGUACUGGUUUGUGUUCAUUGUGGGCACCUUGGGCAAUAGCCUGGUUAUCCUUGUCUACUGGUAUUGCACAAGAGUGAAGACCAUGACGGACACGUUCCUUCUGAAUUUGGCAAUUGCUGAUCUGCUCUUUCUUGCCACUCUUCCCUUUUGGGCUAUCGCUGCUGCUGGCCAGUGGACAUUCCAUACCUUCCUGUGCAAGGUUGUGAACAGUAUAUACAAGAUGAACUUCUACAGCUGUGUGCUACUGAUCAUGUGCAUCAGUGUGGACCGAUACAUUGCCGUUGUACAGGCUAUGAAGGCUCAGAUCUGGCGGCAGAAAAGGCUGCUGUACAGCAAGAUGGUUUGCAUUAUCAUCUGGGUGAUGGCGGCUGUGCUCUGUACCCCAGAAAUCUUGUAUAGCCAAAUCAGUGGGGAAUCUGACAAUACCAUCUGUACCAUGGUCUACCCUAAGGAUAAGAACGCCAAGCUGAAAUCAGCUGUCUUGAUCCUGAAGGUCGCCUUGGGGUUUAUCAUCCCCUUCGUGGUCAUGGCCUUCUGCUACACCAUCAUCAUUCACACCCUGGUACAGGCCAAGAAGUCUUCCAAGCACAAAGCGCUAAGGGUGACCAUCACUGUCCUCACUGUCUUCAUUAUGUCUCAGUUCCCCUACAACUGCAUCCUCAUAGUGCAGGCCGUUGAUGCCUACACUGUGUUCAUCUCCAACUGUGCUAUUUCCACCAGCAUUGACAUCUGCUUCCAGGUCACUCAGACCAUUGCAUUCUUCCAUAGUUGCCUUAAUCCAGUUCUCUACGUAUUUGUGGGCGAGAGAUUCCGCCGGGAUCUCAUGAAGACCCUGAAGAACUUAGGAUGCAUUAGGCAGGGCCACUGGGUUUCAUUCACGAGGAGAGAGGGUAGCUUGAAGAUUUCUUCCAUGCUACUGGAGACAACUUCGGGGGCCCUCUCCCACUGAAAGGAGUUCUCACCGAGAUAGAUUAUCCUCUUGGAAAUAAUGAGGAUACAUAGACACAACACAGUCUCCCCACUGAUAAGACUAAAGAGAAAGCAAAUAAGAAGGAAACGAGAAAACCCAAAAUGAAAUAAAACAAACUAGGAUGAAUCUAAACAGCCUCAUCACGCUCAGUCAGGAUAUGCCAAAGUUUUCUAAACUAAUCACACCAGAAGGGCACCAGCUGGGUUUGGUUGCAGUAAAUGCAAUUCUGAGGAGUAUACCUGAGAAGCAGUGAGGACACCCCAGCCAUGCACAUGCUAAUCAUCGAUGCAGCUAGGUUCUGGAGGUGUUGAGUUUCUACAGUACUCCACAUUUUUGUUACUUCAGAUCUGAUGCUACUCUUCUCCAGAGGUGACAGAGCACGGAGUCACCAGCAUAGACCACAAAAGCAAGGCUUAGCAAUAUUUUCCACCUUGGGAUAUCCCCACUGGUGGGGAGACUUUGUACAUCUCAUUACAUAUUUUUAAAUCUAGAACACACCCAAACAAUCUGAGGCUGAACGCCCUUCUGACAUCCUUGAUCUCUUCUGGGCCAAGGACAACCAUUUUUUUUUUCCUACUUUGGAGCUAUUUGUAAGACAGGUUGGCCAGCCCACGCACAGCACAUUAACUGGAGUCUGUUGCUCUCAGCCCACGUAGGUGUCUGGCUGGAGUU